GGGGGGAGAUGCUGAGGCUUCAGGGGCGGAGGAGGCGGCGGCAGAGGAGAGAGCGGGAGGAGGGACGCGAGGCAGGAAGAGGGCAGCCGAAGGCCGGGCCAGGUGGCUGGAGCGGGCACCGGCUGCGCUGCGCGGCUCUCGGUUCCGACGGCCUCUUUCAUGCGCUGAGGGCGCCCGGCUGGGCCGGACCGGCGGCCGGAGGGGAGGCUCCUCUCCAUGGUCCAGAAGACCAGCAUGUCCCGGAGCCCUUACCCACCCUCCCAGGAGAUCCCCAUGGAGGUGUUCGACCCCAGCCCGCAGGGCAAAUACAGCAAGAGGAAAGGGCGGUUCAAAAGGUCGGAUGGGAGCACGUCCUCGGAUACCACGUCCAACAGUUUUGUCCGCCAGGGCUCGGCAGAGUCCUACACCAGCCGACCCUCGGACUCUGACGUGUCUCUGGAGGAGGACCGGGAAGCCCUAAGGAAGGAGGCAGAGCGCCAGGCAUUAGCCCAGCUUGAGAAAGCCAAGACCAAGCCGGUGGCGUUUGCUGUGCGGACAAAUGUCGGCUAUAACCCAUCUCCUGGGGAUGAGGUGCCAGUGCAGGGAGUGGCCAUCACCUUCGAGCCCAAGGACUUCCUGCACAUCAAAGAGAAAUAUAAUAACGACUGGUGGAUCGGACGACUGGUGAAGGAGGGCUGUGAGGUUGGCUUCAUCCCCAGCCCCGUCAAGCUGGACAGCCUGCGCCUCCUGCAGGAACAGAAGCUGCGCCAGAACCGCCUCAGCUCCAGCAAAUCAGGUGACAACUCCAGUUCCAGCCUAGGAGACGUGGUGACUGGCACCCGCCGCCCCACGCCCCCUGCCAGUGGUAAUGAGAUGACUAACUUAGCCUUUGAACUAGACCCCCUAGAGCUAGAGGACGAGGAGGCAGAGCUCGGGGAGCAGAGCGGCUCUGCCAAGACUAGUGUUAGCAGUGUCACCACCCCGCCACCCCAUGGCAAACGCAUCCCCUUCUUCAAGAAGACAGAGCAUGUGCCCCCCUAUGACGUGGUACCUUCCAUGAGACCCAUCGUCCUGGUGGGACCGUCGCUCAAGGGCUACGAGGUUACAGACAUGAUGCAGAAAGCUUUAUUUGACUUCUUGAAGCAUCGAUUUGAUGGCAGGAUCUCCAUCACUCGUGUGACAGCGGACAUUUCGCUGGCUAAGCGCUCAGUCCUCAACAACCCCAGCAAACACAUCAUCAUUGAGCGCUCCAACACACGCUCUAGCCUUGCUGAGGUUCAGAGCGAGAUCGAGCGAAUCUUCGAGCUGGCCCGGACCCUUCAGUUGGUCGCUUUGGAUGCUGACACCAUCAACCACCCAGCCCAGCUCUCCAAGACCUCACUGGCCCCCAUCAUUGUUUACAUUAAGAUCACCUCUCCAAAGGUACUUCAGAGGCUCAUCAAGUCCCGAGGGAAGUCUCAAUCCAAACACCUCAAUGUCCAAAUAGCGGCCUCAGAGAAGCUGGCACAGUGCCCCCCCGAAAUGUUUGACAUCAUCCUGGACGAGAACCAAUUGGAGGAUGCCUGCGAGCACUUGGCCGAAUAUUUGGAAGCCUAUUGGAAGGCCACACACCCGCCCAGCAGCACUCCGCCCAAUCCGCUGCUGAACCGUACCAUGGCUACUGCAGCUCUGGCCGCCAGCCCUGCCCCCGUCUCCAACCUCCAGGGACCCUACCUUCCUUCCGGGGACCAGUCGCUGGAGCGGGCCACCGGGGAGCACGCCAGCGUGCACGAGUACCCCGGGGAGCUGGGCCAGCCCCCAGGCCUUUACCCCAGCAGCCACCCACCAGGCCGGGCAGGCACCCUGCGGGCACUGUCUCGCCAAGACACGUUUGAUGCCGACACUCCUGGCAACCGAAACUCUGCCUACACGGAGCUGGGAGACUCAUGUGUGGACAUGGAAACGGACCCCUCAGAGGGCCCAGGGCUUGGAGACCCUGCAGGGGGCAGCACCCCACCGGCCCGGCAGGGAUCCUGGGAGGAUGAGGAAGAAGACUAUGAAGAGGAGCUGACCGACAACCGGAACCGCGGCCGGAAUAAGGCCCGCUACUGCGCCGAGGGUGGGGGUCCCGUUUUGGGGCGCAACAAGAAUGAGCUGGAAGGCUGGGGGCGAGGUGUCUACAUCCGCUGAGAAACAGAGGCCACGCGGUGGGGGGUGGGGAAGGGCUCUGAGCCCUGGGGAGGUACGGGACCGAGGGGCUCGCCACCGGGGUGUAUCUUUCCUCCAGGGGGCGCUGCCUCCCUCUCAGAUGCCUUCACCGGAUGUUUGGGGUUUCUUUUGCGGUAGCAUCAUAGCUCCCAGGAUUCCCUUAAAGCCUGGUUGUAGGUUUUCACCUCCCUGGUUUGGAUGGAUGGGGGGAUGCCCACCUUUCCGCAGUGUCCCCUUUCCCCCGCUUCAGGGGGCUCUCUCCCCUCACUCCCAGAGAAAAGGUGCACUUCCUUAACUCUUUCUACUUGGGGCUCUAUAUGGGGGUCCUAAAUGGGGUAGCCCUUUCUUUCCCCAACCUGGAGUAUUUGGGAAGGGUGAGGGGGCUUUUCCUGGAGAGGGAGAGCGUAGACUCCUUCUCAUGAGGGCUGUCUUCCCCAAACCCCAGAUCCAGGGUCCCUCCCCGUGCCCACCUCUCUCCCAGCUUCCUGGCACCGUUGUCUGGUGGGUGAAAGGUAGAGAAUGGAAGCCCCAUGGGGAGCUUAUCUUGGGUAGAGAGCGCAGGCAUCAAAUGUCCUGAGCUCUGCUGGAGUCCGACCCGGACCCCUGAAGAGCGGGCAGCCAGAGACCCUGCUACCCACCCCUCCACAUCCAUGCCUCGGCCUUCGCCCACCCCAGGAAUGAGCUUUGCCUACAACCUCCCUUGCCUACUGCCAUCAGAAGAGGAGGCCCCUCUGUGUCUGAGCUCCCGACCCCGUUUCAUCUGGGUAUGGCACCCAUGGAACACUAGUCCGCCUCAUUUUGAAACCAAAAAACUGCUCCUUCACUAUCACCCGGAGGCCCCAGGGGAGAGGCCCUGCAGGUUGGUGCCCAAGAGGUGAUCACCACCCCAGGGGUCAUCUUGGGACCUCGGAUCUCCCAUGGGGGGCUUGGCUGCUGCUGCUGUUCUAUUUGCCUCUUGUGAUCUUGUCCUAUACCCACGUCCACUCCCCCCAGGAGAGGCCUUGGUAUCCUCCCGGCCUCCCAAGUGUUCCUCAGCCUAGCAUCCCUCCAGCCCAGCAGCCCUGCCCCUCCCCAGCACCCAGCUGGGCCAGAGAGAGCCGAUUGUGCCAACGAGGACUGGGCCCUGCCCAGCUGCCCGCCUCAGGGAUGGGCCCCUCAUGCCUGUCUCACCACCUCCUGUGCCAAUGUUGUCCCACCCCCCCAACUGGGGGUGGGGUGCAGCUUCCACUCACUGGUUAGAAGACACCACUGCCCAACCUUCCUCCCUCCCUGUCUGGUGUCCUGUGCCCCCAUCUGUCUGUCUGUCCAUCUGUACUCCCCUAGAAGUAUUUGGCCACAUAUAAAACCGCCGUCAUGUCCUUUGCAGCCGCCUCCAGAGCCUGGUUCUUCGUUCCUGCCGUGCAGCAAGCCUGGCCCCCGCGGGAGCUGCAUGCAGGGGAGUGUGAAGGGGCGGGUGCGGGAGGAAGCUGGGCCCCGAGCUGGUUAUUCAACAGGAUAGAGUGCUUUGUUUUGCAGCUCUCUCAAGCAUCACGGUCAAGGCUGAUGGGAGCUCUGCGGCCACUUUCAGCCACAGCUUCCCAUCAGCCCCAAGUCUUACCCGUUCCCCCAUAAGUAGAGCCUGAGAAAAUGGGAGACUGAGGUGAAGUGGGGUGUCGCAGGCAUUACUCAGUGGGUGAGAUCCAGUUUUUCUGCCCCUGUGGGCUCAGCUGCCGACCAGCACCUCCUGAGAGAGAGUGGCUGAGUUCCAUCUGGUGCCCUUCUCCACUGAUGUCCUGGCUGACCAGCUUUGGGGGAUGAAAGAGGUCUACUUUGGGGGGGGCAGGGAAUGGGGGCCACCCCAGCCCGAUAACAUCAAGAGUGAGAAAGUCAGCAGGUGUCUGUGUCAGUUCUGUCAUCACCAGCUGGCAGGAUGUGGACCCCGGACUGCUGUCACUGCUGGCCUGUGUAUCCUGCCUCACGUGGCACUCAAACCAUUUCUCCACUCUCCUUGUUUCUGGGGUGGUGGAUCUGGAGGACUAGAGCUCCUGGGUCCCUCACCUGAAUGUUUUUGCCCUAAGUGCAUGUGGGGAUGGGGAGUGUAGAGGGCAGCAGCCAUCUAGACCUUCCAGGUGAGAGGUUAGCAGGCCCAAGGAAAGGAACUGGGCAGGUCCACAGGUCAGGUGGCUGGCCCAAGAUCCCAGGGAGUUGAUGGCAAAGACUGCUGGGAUUGGAGUCCAGUCUCUGCCUCCCAGCCUAGUGUUCUUACCCCACAGCCUUUCAAAGCAGUCAAUCCUUUAUUCCUGUGUUUACUCACUGAACAUUAAUUGAGUACCUACUGUAUACCAGGCACAAGUCUAAAAGGGAGCCACAGACCAUUCUGGACAGCACUGUGAGCUCUCUGCUGGGAGAAGCACUGGGUUCUGCAGGAACCUGGUAGAAGGGAAAUUCCCUUAGUCUGGGGAGGUCAGGAGAGGCUUCUCAGAGGAGGUGAGGCUUCAGUGAGGUCUAGAAGCCUGGUUAAGAGUUAACCUGGUGGUGGUGGAGGGAGUAAGUGUUCAAGGCAGAGGAAGCAGGUGACAUGCAUGGCAUGUUCCUGGUACUUCACCAGCAAAGUGUGCUCUCAAGGCGGUGGUCAGAGAAGGGUCAGCAGGAGCAGAUCACAGGGGGCCUUGAGUCAUCAUGGGAGUCUGGGCUUUGUCCUGAAGCCGCUGGGCAGACAUUGAAGGCUUGUAAGCAGCAAUGGCAAAGUUGUCUUGGUUGCGGUUUGGAGCAUAGAUUGGAGGGGCUAGCCUGGACACAUCUUUGGUCCUCUGGGUUAGAAACAAGGUGGGGCUGCACUAGGCCAAGGCAGUGGGAUGGAUAAGGAGGCAGUGGCAGCCAGAGACAGACAGCAAGCAGUUAGAAUCCAGCGCUCUUGGAGAGCAAUUGGUGGUGGCCAGUGAGAGAGAGGGUGGUGUCUGGGGGCAACUGUGGGUGAUGGUCUUCUCAGACAUAGAGGAAACAGGUGGAAAAACCAUGUUUUUGUUUUUGUUUUUUAAGAUUUUACUUAUUUAUUUG